CGGUCAAGUCUCCGAAAAUGAUACAGUUCUGAUGGCUUGACCUGGACAUUUCAGGUGAUUUGAAAUCAGCUCAUGCCCGUAGUGUGAGGUACCGGAAUACCGCCGCCCGCGAGGCUGUUAUGCUUUGCACUGGACACUUGGGAAGCGUGACUGCCACGCGCGGGACACCUCUGCAAGAUUUUGUCUUUCUGAAUCUUGUACACAUGAGCCGCCAGAUGGCUGCGGCUUCGCGCCUAAGUGCAUCGUGCAUCGCCCACCCGUCUACACCACUCUCUUGCACCCCGCAAACUUCCUGAAGAUCAUUUUUAGCAGCCCGCGGUUCACGACCUCGUCUCUGUCUGGGCCCAUCUGGCGUAUAAAGAUCAAUCAAUAAACUACGGAGACGAAAUUAUGGCUUCACCACGUCCAUGGGAUGUCAGCCCGACUUCGAGAAACACUAUUCGAGUGUAUCGUUGUGAGUCGCGCGGGUGACCUUGACCUUGCGCCAAUGGUCGGCCGUUGGGUCUCACUUUCAAAGGGGCGAUUGUUGAGCUCUUUCGUCAGACAUGGUAGAAGCCCGUUGCUGCACACCUGUCCCAGGAGAGUCUGUGGGAGAUGAUGUCAGUGUUGGGGUCAAGGUUUGCAGACCGGGCGCGGGCCAGGGUGCGAGGUUCAGACUCGCGCACGUCGAAGAAGUCGGACUCGGACUGUCGUUCACGGACGUCAGAACCGUGGACACCCUUCCCUGGGACGCCUUGCGAGCCGUUGUCGAUUCCUCGCGCGUGCGCUGCCCUCGCAUCCACCGUAUGCCUCUGCGCAGCCAAGACUUUGCGGUCCCGAGGAGGAUCCUAUGCUCUGUGCUGCGCCACACGCAGCUCACGUGGGUGCUCGAGUCCGGCAAACUGCAGUUCACGAACUUCCACUCGGACCUCAUCACGAGUGCGGACGUGUUGUUCGUACCGAUGGAGCUCGCCGUCGACGGGACCACAAUCACCCUCGACGUCGCCGAACAAUUCGAGUGGUUGCUGCGCUCGGACUGUUUACUUCGAGAGAGAUCGAGAGGAAU